AUGGACCACUCCCCGGAGCACCACCGCGCCUAUGUUGGCAAAUCUGUCUCCCAGCUACCCACGCCUUCCCUCGUAGUUAGCCUCCCCAUCGUGCAGAGCAACAUUGCCAGACUGCAUCAAGACGUUUCCGAUCUUGGUAUCGGCUUCCGGCCGCAUGUCAAAACACUAAAGUGUCUCUAUGGCAUGCCUGUCUACCCCGGUGCUUUGCCUGCACUGCAGCAAUUACGCAAGUCCAUCGACAUACAGCUCAUGGUCGAUAACGAGCAGCAAAUCACUUGCCUAGAUAAUUUCCAAAACGAAUCAACACAGCCGUGGGACAUUUUCAUCAAGAUCGAUGUCGGCUCGCAUAGAGCCGGCAUACAACCGGAUUCAUCUUCGUUAUGUAGACUGGUCGCAAAGGCCGAAGAGUCUCGCUCUGUCAACAUUGCUGGCUUCUACUGCCAUGCCGGCCAUUCAUAUGCCGGGCGUUCUCCCGCAGAGGCAGAGAAGACUUUGCAAGAUGAGAUCUCGGGAGUCUUGAGCGCAUCCAAGCUCUUGCCCACGACGCGCAAGCUCUGGGUUUCGGUGGGGUCAACGCCGACGGCCCACGUGGUUAGGAGCUUGAAGGCCGCGCUCCCAAUAAACAUAGAGCUGGAAUUACACGCAGGGAACUUUCCCACCAACGAUCUCCAGCAAGUUUCGACAGGCGUCAUUUCCGAAUCCGACCAGGCGGUGCGUGUGGUGGCCGAGGUAUGCAGCGUGUACCCAGAUCGCAACGAGGCUCUCGUAAACGCAGGCGUCGUUGCGUUAUCCAGAGAGACCAGCGCAUUUCCUGGCUUCGGGUAUGUCGUGGGUAGGCCUGAGUGGAGCGUGGUACGGUUAUCGCAGGAGCACGGGAUAUUAGGUACGACACAGCCUGAAAGCACAGCUGAUGAGGCUUUUGCAGUCGGACAGCGCUUGAGUCUGUAUUGCAACCAUGCUUGCAUUACAGCGGCGGCUUUCUCUGUUUAUUAUAUUGUCGAUGAGGAUGAUGUAGUGAUCGAUUGCUGGGUUCCUUGGAAAGGCUGGUAG